GGAGGUCGACGUCCUGUGGAGCCUGAAGUCGGGCGCGCCGGCGGAAAGCUCUGCCGAGGAGCCGCUUGUGUGCUCGGAAUUUAUCGUGGCGAUAGGACACAACGCCGCAGCAUUCCUGUCUUCUUUUAUUCUGGAUUCUGUGUGUUGGGAAGUAGUUGGGGUUGUAAAGCUGUGGAAUGAGUGGUGUCGAACAUCCAACACAACAAAUGUCCUCCCGACAGAUUCCUUCUGUUUGUUCUACCGAUUAAUAUCAGAUCCAACAGUUUUAUUGUGCCAGUGUAGUUGCUACGUUGCUGAGGAUCAACAGUUCCAGUGGCUUGAAAAGGUUUUUGGCCAUAUGCGAAAGGAGGGUUUGCAAGUAACCGUUCUUUCAACGUGUCCUGUAGCUGAUUACAAAACUCAGGAAUCCACUUUAACACUUCCAUCUCCAUUUCUGAGAGCCUUGAAGACAAAAGAAUUCAAAGAGCAGGCCUGCUGCCCACUGCUGGAACAACCUAAUAUUGUGCGAGAUCUUCCUGCUGCUGUUCUGAGUUACUGUCAAGUCUGGCAGAUUCCUGCAGUGUUGUAUCAGUGCUACACCGAUGUCAUCAAACUGGACACGGUUACAGUUGAAGCAUUCAAACCUCUGCUUUCUUCUAAAGUCCUUAAGAAUUUAGUAAAGGAUGUAUCUGAAAGCACAAAGAUAUUGAAGAAGUUACUGACAACCAAUGAAACUCACAAUAACAUCUAUAUCUAAAGAGGACACUUACGAUGCAGACUGCACUUUCGUAAAUUCCAGUUUCUUCUGUAGAGGACAUUUUGGGAUUGUAGUUGUUUCCUUAAAAGUGGAAUAAAUUCCAGUAGAUUUUUACUUCUG